AUGACUGGCUAUANAAAGCGUGAAGUGGACACACAGCUAAAGAAAAGUUGCGAGGAUUUCAUACGCUAUGUGUCAGACACAGUGGCAGGCCCACUGCACUCUUUUCUCACCAAGGCUGAGGUGAUAGUAAAACAUGGCCAAGGGGACACUGGGCAGAAGAUUUCUCUAAGACAACAGCCUUUUGCCGGCCCUGAGAAAGUCCACGAAGCAGUGACACAGACCUACAAACACCUGAAACAGAAAAUACCAAGUAUACAGAAAAGCAUGAUGCUCUAUCUGGCCAAUAGAGACACAGAACACAUUCUCUUUAAACCAAUCAAAGUCAAUAUCCAGCAUGCUUUCCAGCAGCUUCACACAAUUCUCAGUGAGAACUAUUCAGAAGAAGAUCAACAGAUCAUUGGAUGUCCUUCACUUGAUCAGAUAAAUUUGGUGAUGAAGAUGACACCUUGAUGACCUUUACAUUGACAUACAAACCAAAGCAUGAGCUUGGAACUUUUUUUUUUUUUUUUGUUCAUUUUUGAGUGGAGAUGAACUUUGGUGCAAAGUCUGUAUGUUGAAAACUGGCUUUUCUCCUUCAUAUUUUAUGAAUAAAAUAGGUUAUAAGAUUAAUGAAUAUCAGAUACAUUUGCUUAUGUGGGUCAUAUUGGGGGAAUCAAUAUAUUUGUGCUGGGUAGCCAUAACACCAAAGCUCCAUUCUUAUUUUCUAAUACACAGUCUUCUUAGAGGACAGUUAAGAAGGAUGGUUGAACACCAAAACGUAACUUAAUAUGUACAUUUUAUCACAUGGAAGAAUGCAGCAUCUACCAAAACCAUGCUAAUGUACUCAGGAUUGAAAUUGCAAUAUUUGCACGGACAUUCUCUUCAAUCAGUUGUGAUGAAUUUGAAGAAAAUGAUCGUUUUAUUUCUGUUUCAACUUUUGUCACGUUUGAUGUGCUGUCAGAAGUUUCUUUGUCUCGUGUAAUUGCUGGUUGACAUAGAAUUAAAUUUAUGUGUGGUCAACUGUUUUGAUACUUGGAGGAAGAAGAGGGGAGGAUAAUACAAUUUGUCACAGUUGUGCUGGCAUAAUUGUGAAAUUUUGCUUGCAGGUAGUAGAUAUCUAGAGAGCAAUAGACCACAAAUUGAAACAGUUUCAAUAAUCUUCUAACAUUUUACAAAAUGAGUCCAUUUCUGUAAUAGGUUCUUUUAAGUCCAGGCCUAAGCUUGUUAAUGGGCAGUCGUACGUGCAGUUCCUUAGAAAUGUGGAUAGUCACAAGGCAUGUGUAAGAUAUUUAAUCUGGACAUAAUUGUUGGGUUAGACAUUGAUUACUAACAGCUAUGCUGUCACUCUGUCUGGUGCUUUUAUCAAAACUGGAAAUGAGGACCCAACUUUAAGAGUUUUUGCACAAAAUCUGUGGAGAAAAGAAAGGAUUUAUUAUUUUUCCUGUGGAGCACAUAUUUAAUAGAAUGGUUCUAUUAAAACUUGAUGCAGUGGGUAUAUUUAUGCCAAGUGGUAUAUUAAGAGCUUUAAAAGCAAGUCACUGGUUUACAGGCACAAUGGCAAAUGGUUAAUGUUGAUAGUAUUUAUUAUAAUAGUUUACGUCCGUUUUGUGGAAUUGAAGGUUAUGAUGUACAAAGGGAUUUCUAUACAAAUAAAAUUUUGGAAUAUA